AUGUAUGUGAAAUGGUUUGAUACAGUAAUGUUUUAUCAUGUAAUUUUACUGUAUUUAGUGAAUGUCACUUUUUCACAUUUUUAAAUUUCCCGCCAUUCUGUCCCCGUACGUCCUGACGUUGCAGGGAACGGAACCCGGAAGAUCGGCCGGAGAACAUUGCCGGGGACACUGCAGGAGGGACAUCGCGGAAGCGAAGGGCAAGGUACGUGAAGAAGAGAUCCCGGAGCAAUGUUACAAGGUAUUCCUGAGUGUAGCUCGGGGUUACCGCUUGUGCUACACUCGGGAAUACCUCCAGGGAGGUUAAGGUAA